AAUACAUUAAAAUACUUGUUUAAAUUUAAACAUAUAAAUACACUGUGAAGCAGGAAUAGAUUUCCAAUGUAUUUGGUACUUUAUACUCAUUUACAAAUGUCAACAAAAGGGAGUAAUAUCUACUCAAAUUUUCGAGAAGCAUAUUUACCCAAAAUGUCGUAAUACCCGUUGUAUUCAAUUUUCGGUAGGUAUGGUUUCUACGAAACAGUGCUAUUUUUGAUUCUAUUCUUUAGAACUACAAGUAAACGUGCUCAUUAUCUUGACAAACAAAUAAAAAUUCACAUUCGAAUCACUUGACAAAUCACGUAAAAUGGUUCCAAAUGUCAAAUUGAAUAUUAUACGUGACGAAAAUGAAUGUUAUGCGAACAUCCCCUAAAAUGAAUAGAGUAUCAUCAGUUUGCUUACGUGAAUUGACCAAACAUCAAAUAAUGUACGUGUAUUCCCGGUGUGAAAAAUUCAAUUUCGAAAAUGGUGAACAGUGAGUCCUUCAAGUGUAAGUAGUUUGAAUAUGCGAGAGAAAUUUUUUUUUUGGUUAGAAUUUUUUACUACAAAGCAAAAUGGAUUAUGAUUUUGAUUCAAAUUAAUCUGUCAAAUAUGCCCGUUUUGUAAGCCUCACAAACCCACACCCACGAUGUUAACGGUAGCUGGUGGUUUUUACAGCCAUUGAACUUCUGUGCCACCUCCGGUGGAACCCUCAACGAGUGAACACGGUGAAAAUUUGAGUAUUUCACGAGAAAAGAUUUUCACCCGUACUUUUGCGACUCCACGUUGUCACGCAUCGAGAUUUUCACUUGUAGUCCAGUGAAAAGAAACGAAAAUUAACUGGCAAUAUAGCCCAACUUGCUGUACCAUCAAUCGGUGUCAAUUCAAGUGAGGUGACACUACCCAGAAGUGAAGAAUAAGAAGAACUUCUAUGCAGAUUUUCUGAAAUAAAUGUUCAUGUUCUUAUGGUUAGAAUCCUAAUGAUUUAUAAAAAAAUUUUGAAAAUCUCCAACCAAUAUUUAGAGUAACAGUUUUCUGGUAUCUGAAUGUGAUAUGAGUACUAUACUACAUUUUAAAUAUGAAUCAAAUAAUUUUUACUGGAUUGUGCAUUAAACAGAUUUGAAAUGGCAGUCCAUUAAAAUCUACGUGAAAAGUAGGGUCUCACCGCAACAUCUUAGAGCUAAGGCAGUGUCUUAUUAAAUAUGUUACAAAAAAGUAGGGUGGAAAAUAUUCACAUAACUUUUCACGUAACUAUGAUUGAUCUUUUUUGAAGAAAGGAAAUGUUUUUUUUUCUGGAAAAAGAUGUCAGUUGUCAGGUCUGGUGCUUGGCGCGAAUGUCAAAACCCCUUGAAUCAAAUUGUUUAUUUUUCGGAAGAACUAUUUUGCAAUAACAAAUUCUCGUCAACGUGUAAACAUAUUUAUGUGAUGUACAAAUGGUCGGGUUAUCGAUCAGAAAAAAAAAAUUACCCGUACCCGAGUGAGCAGUAAAUUUUUUUACCCGUACCCGAUUGAAAAUAAAAAUUUUUACCCGUACCCCACCAAAAACCCGUCGGGUACGGGUACGGGUCGGGUAUCGGUUAAAAUACCCGAGACCCGACCAUCUUUAGUUGCUACCCGUGCAUUUGCUGAUAAAGUGAAGUACAAAAAUCAAAUAAAUUGGCAUUUUUGCAGCAGUAAGUACGUUUCUUGCUUUGUGCAUACUUAUUCCAGUGUUCCGGCUCCGAGUCCGUACGGCAUGCAGUAAAUGCUCAAAACUAGAAAUUAACAUUAACAUCAAUUUUUUUAGCUUGUUUGCAAACAGUGCCGCUGAACUGUCAAGGAUGUGACGAUAAAAAAAAAUCUAAUAACUGCGAUUUCUUGAAAGUGAAAUACUUGAUAACUUAUAAAAUCACACCUCAUAUUCGAAAAUACCACAUAUUAGCUCUGAAAAGAAUUUUGAUCCAUGUUUUGUUCCGAUUUUUACCUUUACGUGGAUCCCGGCGCCAUUUUUCAGUUUCGUAAGAAAAUUACAAACACAGCCAAAACCGGCCUAUCUCGCCACCAGUGUUAAUUCUACAUCGUGGAACUAUUGAGCUAUACAAAAAUACAUGACGCCGCUUUAGAGCGAAAAGCGAAAGUUUCUCUGGUAUAUUUAUUAUAAAAUCACAUAAAGUAAAAUGGAAUGUUACCUUGCAGGAGAUGGGUUACUAAAGAAGAAAGAACUAGAAAUCAGUCCUGUAGCCUUUUCCCCAUCGUCCGCUCCAGCAAUCGAUUCCUCAAUAAAACUCGAAUAUCAAAUUUGUGAAGAGGAAUUCACAACGGAAAGUGAUAUUAACCUAGAAUAUCAGAUGUGUGAAGAGGAAUUCACACAGGAAGGUGAUCUUAAACUAGAAUAUUAUAUAAGUGAUGAGGAAUCCACUCAAAAAAAUGAUCUUCAUAAAGACGUCUUAGUACCUAAAGGAAAACAGGUUUAUAGUUGCGAAAUUUGCGGAGAGCAAUUUUCAAUGAAGAAGGCCCUGAACAAGCAUAUGAUCGUUCAUACUGAAGACCAACAACUUAAGUGUCAUGUGUGUGGCAAAGAAUUCCUGUAUUAUCAGAAAUUAAAGGACCACACAAAUAUUCACACUGGUGAGCGUCCGUACAAUUGCACUGCAUGCGAAAAAAAGUUCUCGUCCAAGGUGAUGCUUGUUCAACACAUGCACAUUCACACAAGCCAGCGUUCGCACAAAUGCAUUGUGUGCGGAAAAGAAUUUCCCUUAAAGAGUUACUUAACUAAACACAUGUCUAAUCACCAAAGUAAGUACAAAUAUAAGUGCGAAGUGUGUGGCAAAGCCUUUAAUAGUAAUUCUAACCUCACGAUACACAAACACAUUCACACAAACGAGAAGUUUAAAUGCACCAUUUGCGAGAAAGAUUAUUCCUCUAAGCCUAGUCUCAGCAAACACAUGAAAAUUCACGUAGACGAUUACGAGCAUUAUUGUGAUGUAUGCGGCAAAGGAUUCAUCACCAAAUUACUUUUAAAAGACCACGAAAAUAUUCACACUGGUGAACGACCGUACAAAUGCACUGUAUGCGGAAAAAACUAUCACCGUAAAGUGAAGCUUUCUGAACACAUGCAACUUCACAUGAGCGAGCAAUCGUACAAAUGCACCGUUUGUGGAAAAGAUUUUGCCAUUAUGGCUUACCUAUCCAGACACAUGCGUAUUCACACGGAUGAUAAAAGGCAUGAGUGUGACGUGUGUGGCAAAGGUUUUAUGACCAAAGCACGCCUUCAAAUCCACGAACGCCUUCAUACAGGAGAGCGACCGUUCAAAUGCACUGUUUGUGAAAAAGAAUUUCAUACUAAGAAUUGUUUAACUACACACAUGUCUUUUCACCAAAGUGAGUACAAAUAUAAGUGCGAAGAGUGUGGCAAAGGCUUUCAUAUUGGUAGUAGCUUGACGCGCCAUAAACGCAUUCAUACGAACGAAAAGUUUAAAUGCGCCAUUUGCGAGAAAGAUUAUAUCACUAAGUUUGAACUCAGCAGACACAUGAAAAUUCACAUGGGUGGUUACGAGCAUAAGUGUGAUGUGUGCGGCAAAGGAUUCGUCAGCAAAUCAUUUCUGAAAGACCACGAAAAUCUUCACACCGGUGAACGGCCUUACAAAUGCACUGUAUGCGGAAAAGACUUUCAUCGUAAAAUAAAUUUUUCUACACACAUGCAACUUCACACAAGCGAGCGACCGUACAAAUGCACCGUAUGUGGAAAAGAUUUCGUCGUUAUGGUUUACCUAACUAAACACAUGCGUAUUCACACGGAUGAUAAAAGGCAUGAGUGUGACGUAUGUGGCAAAGGAUUCCCAAACAGAUCACUCUUGAAAGACCAUAAACACAGUCAUACGCUAAACUAAAUCUUGCUCGACACAUGCGGCAUCACAAAAGUGAGCCCAUGAGGGUAUGAUUAAUAAAUCGAGCUUCCUGGGACACAAACGCCUUCAUAAGGACGAGAAAUAGAAAUGCAACAUAUGCGGAAAAGAUUUUACCACUAAGAAUUAUCUAAAUGAGCACAUGCUUAGCCACACUUGUGAUAUAUGUUUAAAGACCACGACUACAAUGUAAUCGACAAUACAAAUGCAUCGUAUGCGGAACCUUAGGUAUAGAAAUACGGGUUGAACUUUAAGAGCGAAGUAUAUUAAACGACGGAGUGUUCCCAACGAA